AUGGCGGUUGAAGGUGUAAGCUCCAUGAAGCUAUCACAAAGAAACCUCGCAACCCAAGUCAUCACAGGACGGUGGUUCGUGGUGUUCGCUUCCUUUCUAAUCAUGUCAGCCUCCGGAGCCACGUACAUGUUCGGUCUAUACUCCGGCGUGAUAAAAAACUCCUUAGGCUACGACCAAACAACUCUCAACCUCCUUAGUUUCUUCAAAGACUUAGGAGGAAACCUUGGUGUCUUCUCCGGGUUAAUCAACGAAAUAACACCACCUUACGUUGUUCUUGCUAUUGGCUCCCUUCUUAAUUUCUUCGGGUACUUCAUGAUAUGGUUAGCAGUAUCCAAAAAAAUACCAAAACCAAAAGUUUGGCAAAUGUGUCUUUACAUAUGCAUAGGUGCGAAUUCUCAGUCUUUUUCAAACACGGGUUCACUUGUUACAUGUGUUAAGAAUUUCCCUGAAACUCGCGGUGUUGUGUUGGGGAUUCUAAAAGGCUAUGUUGGUCUUAGUGGUGCUAUCAUCACACAGCUUUAUAAUGCUAUUUACUUCAAUGACCCAAAAGCUUUGAUUCUUCUCAUUGCUUGGCUUCCUGCUGCAAUUUCUUUUCUUUUUCUUCGAACCAUUCGGUACAUGAAACCGGUUAAACAGAACAACGAACUUAAUGUUUUUUAUAAGUUUCUGUAUAUUUCACUUGGUCUUGCUAGUUUUUUGUUGGUUAUGAUUAUACUACAGCAAAAAGUGUCGUUUAAACAAAGUGAAUAUAUAGGAAGUGCUUCUGUUGUUCUUAUUCUCUUGUUUCUGCCACUUGCUGUUGUUUUUGUUGAACAAAAGAAGAUUCAAAAGGUUAAGGUUCCGUUUGUUGAUCCAUUUUCUGUUAAAAUAGUAGCUGAUCAAGGUGAUAAUAUCUCACCACCACCGACCACGAUGACAACGAUGACGACGACGACCGAAGAAAAAGAAACUAGAUGGUGGGAAAAUAUAUUCUCACCACCAAAAAAAGGUGAAGAUUUCACAAUACUUCAAGCACUUUUCAGCAUAGAUAUGAUCUUACUAUUCCUCGCCGGAACAUGCGGUGUUGGUGGAACCUUAACAGCCAUAGACAACCUAGGACAAAUAGGAACAUCCCUUGGAUAUCCAAAAACAAGCAUAAGCACAUUUGUUUCAUUGGUGAGUAUAUGGAACUACCUAGGUAGAGUUUUCUCAGGUUUUGUCUCGGAACAUGUUUUAACAAAGUACAAUUUCCCAAGACCACUCAUGCUUACAUUAACCAUGUUUCUAUCCUGUGUCGGUCAUCUUUUGAUAGCUUUUGAUGUUAAGAAUGGUCUCUAUUUUGCUUCGGUGAUCAUUGGAUUUUGCUUUGGUGCACAAUGGCCAUUGGUUUUUGCCAUAAUUUCGGAGUUGUUUGGGUUGAAAUAUUAUUCAACUUUGUACAACUUUGGUGGGGUAGCUAGUCCUAUUGGGUUGUAUUUUCUUAAUGUUAGGGUUACUGGUCAUUUGUAUGACAAAGAAGCUAAGAGACAGUUGUUUGAAAGUGGAGUUGCAAGAAAUAAAGAUCAGGAAUUGAAUUGUGUAGGGGCAAGUUGUUUUAAAUUGUCUUUCAUUAUUAUCACUGGAGCUACUUUGUUUGGUGCCAUUAUUUCUCUUAUUUUGGUGGCUAGGACUAUUAAAUUUUAUAAAGGGGAUAUAUAUAAGAGGUACCGGUCGGAAGCGGUGGAGGUUGGAGGAGAUACGGCACAGUUGGCGGUGGUUAAUAACGGUCGCCAGAGAGAACAAGAAGAAAAAACUCUUCGUUAG